AUGAACUCUAUCAGCUUGGUAUCGAAAUCUUCAUCAUCAAUACUGUUCAAUGCAUCAAUUGGAUCAAUGAGCAUCAAUGGUCUGCGAUAUGUUUCAAACUUAAGGAAUAACCAACCUCGUGUCAGGAGAACAACAUGCAUCCUGUCCAAUGGUGCAACCAUUUCAGUCAGAACAUCAUUGCCCUAUGCCAAGAAGUGGAGAUCAACUCUCGACGUCUUCAACACUACUCCCGACUUUGAGUUCGACAGCAUCAAGGAGAUCAAAGAGCGUCGCAAGAAGUUCGCCGACGACAAGUACAGCGAGUUCAAGAAGUAA